AUGCGCCUCCGGAACCGGUACCGAAGGUACCGUCGAUACCGCCCGUCGACCGCCGCAAUGGCAGCGCUGGCAGGCGACACACGAAGAAAAAGAAAGACAUUUCAAUGCUCAGGAUUUGGCAGCUGUCAUAUGCAGUUUUCACGGAAUGAACAUCUUGCACGGCAUAUCAGGAAACAUACAGGAGAACGACCAUUCAAAUGUUUCUGUGGACGGACGUUUUCACGGCUUGACAAUCUUCGGCAGCACGCACAAACAGUUCAUACAGGUGAUGAUGUUGUAUCACCGUACGGAUCAGUGUCCACAAUGCCAGCAAAGGCAUCAAAAGACCAAACAGUAACAACAGAAGCAGCAGAAAAGGCAACAAUAGUGGUAGAAGCUCAAGAAACACCAGAAGCAGACCAUCAGGAAAGAGCAUGGGGAGGAAUAGAAGAAGGAAGAGAAAGAAAGGAGAAAAAAGACUUAAAAGAAGGAUACACGGGAGGGAUAAUGCAAAAACAGGCAGAAACAAGACUAUUAAGCACGGGGAAACGGCGUCAGAGCGCCGAUGUAAAGGAUACAGUGCAUAUUAGCAAUGAAUGUGGAGGAGAAGCAGAGGAAACAGAAAAAACCGGAGAUAAUGCAGAAACAGAAGAUAAAAUAAUACAUAAAGUAAUAGACAAAACAGGUAAAAUGGAUACGGAGAAUAUAGUAGACACAGAGGAAAAAAGAGAAAAGAGAAAGAAGGGAGAGAGGAGAGAGUGCGUGAGAGAAAUAAAUACAGCAGAAGAGGAAAAUAAGGAGCUCAGAAGAAUAGAUACAUUAGGAACAGUGGAUGCAUUAGAAGCAGCGGCAUCAAUCACAAUUCUGAUGGACUAUGGGGUUCAGCAGGCAAAAAUGGUGUCUCUGGAUAAGCACAAACCGAGACUGAGAGAAGAUGCACAGAAAAUGAGCAUCCAAUUUCUAUGCAAUCCGAAUAUCGGGAUGGGAGGGAUGGAUAUUCUAGCAGAAGUAGCAAAAAUUAUGAAUUAA